AUGAGUUGGCCUUCUCAAGUUGCUGACCCAGAGGCCGCGGAAGCUGAAGAGGAACGUAAGCGAGCAGUUAUUGGAGCGGUAGUAUCAUGUUCUACGGAGUUCAACAAUUGGUAUUUUGCGCGAUAUUCCAACUACACGGUUUUGAUUAGAACAACGGCAUAUUGUCAACGUUUCAUCAGAAAUUUUCGCAUAAAGUAUCAGACAGGCUUGUCCCUGAGGCCAACCAUAGGAGCGUUAACAACUGAAGAACUACGGAAAGCAGAGCAGACAAUUGUCCAUCGGGUUCAAAAGGAAGCGUUCGCGAAGGAGUAUGAGGCACUGCUUAAGGGAAAACCAGUAUCGAGGCUAUCACCACUACGUUGGUUCCAUCCUCGCUUGUCUUCCAAUGAAGUUAUCCGUAUUGGUGGGAGACUUGGAAAAUCUUACGAAACCGAGGAAGCUAAGCAUCCAAUGGUGCUUCCAGCACGACACCACAUCACCAGGCUUUUGCUGAGGCACUACCAUGAAAAGAUGCUGCAUGCAGGAGUACAACUAUUGCUAAGUGCUAUUAGGCAACGGUUUUGGCCUUUAGGUGGUCGCAGUGUCGCUAAACAGAUCGUCCACAAGUGUAUGCGGUGCUAUCGAACCAAACCAACUACCAUCCGACAAUUUAUGGCAGAGUUACCCACUCCACGUGUCACAGCGGGUCGACCUUUCACGACAACAGGGGUAGAUUAUUUUGGUCCGAUCUACAUUCGUCCAGGAUAUCGUCGAGCAGCGGUGAAAGCAUACGUGUCCGUGUUCGUGUGUUUCGCAACGAAGGCGGUACACCUGGAGUUGGCGGGCGACUUAACUACUUCUUGUUUCAUUCAAGCACUGCGAAGGUUUGUGUCACGGCGAGGUAGGUGUGCAACCAUUUUUUCGGACAAUGGCACCAAUUUUGUUGGAGCCAGGAACCAACUAGCGGAGCUCAUCAGUAAACUGAAGAACAAGCAGCACCACGAGGAGAUCGCGAAAGAAUGUGCAAAGGACAACAUCAACUGGCACUUCAACCCACCGGGAGCACCCCAUUUUGGUGGGUUGUGGGAGGCAGCGGUUCGAUCAGCAAAAUACCAUCUGCUACGGGUUAUGGGAGAUACAGCAGCAUCGUACGAAGACACUCUCACUGUUUUGACUCAAGUGGAAAGUUGUUUAAAUUCGCGUCCUUUGACCCAACUAACGGACGACCCCAAUGAUAUGGAGCCUUUAACACCGGGUCAUUUUUUGGUGGGUGGAGCACUACAGGCGCUACCCGACGCGGACUUCGGGAAGACACCAAUUAACCGGCUAACCCAUUGGCAAGCUGUGCAGAGGAAGGUGCAGGAUUUUUGGAAGCGCUGGCGGCUCGAGUAUCUCUCACAGCUUCAAGGACGAUCCAAGCGUUGGUUGCCACCAGUUGCUAUAGAACCAGGUAAACUCGUCGUUGUUUAUGAGGAUAAUUCGCCACCUAUUCAUUGGCGCAUGGGGCGUAUUCAGGAGAUUCACCCAGGCACAGAUGGAGUGGUCAGAGUUGUGACGCUGAAAACUUCAAAGGGUGUUAUCCAGCGACCUGUUGAGAAGAUCUGUCUCCUACCGAUUGCUAAUGACAGCGAAAAUAGAGCAGAGGAUGGAUCGUCAUUGGCUUAA